AUGGGAAAACUGGAUGUAGUUGGAACUGGUGGACCUGGAGCUGUCACUGUGGUAGUGUCUCACUACCUAACCAAUAUUGAUUUGGAAUUCAUAGGCCGGGCCUGCCUGAAGCUAGCAGAGAUCUGUGACCUGUGGCUUCCAAAUAGCUGGAGGUUGGUGGCUAAAGCAGGAGUGGAGGUGCAGGCCUGUAAACACAGCCAUCUAGGAAGUAAGGCAGGAGGAAGGACCGAGUUGGUAUCAUUUGAAGAUGUAGCUGUGGACUUCACCCGGCAAGAGUGGCAGGACCUGGAUGUUGUUCAGCGAAACCUCUACAGAAAUGUGAUGCUGGAGAACUACACCAACCUGAUGUUCUUGGGGAACUGUUUGGCCAAACCAGAUUUGAUCUUCAAGUUGGAGCAUGGACUUGCACCGUGGAGUGUAAAAGAAGACUCAAUUCAGAGUUUUCCAGGAUUAAAAAGUAAACAGAAAAUGUACUGGACAAAAACUGAUGAUUUAAAACAAUGGCAGAAUGCUUUUUAUCACAAGUUACAUCACACUUGUCAUCAAGUAACAAUCUCAGGUGAAAAAUUGGAUGAAUGUUGUACAGCCUUGAACUCCAAGUCACAGCUCACUAAGCAUCAACGUACUGAAACACGUGAGAAGCCAUAUGAAUGUGGGAAAACUUUCAAAUCCCAGUCAUAUCUCACUGUGCAUCAGAAUCCUUACACAAGCGAGAAGCCCUAUCAAAGUAAUGCUUGUGGGAAUGCUUUUCUUGCAAAGUCAGAUCUUAAGAAACAUCAGAAAAUUCAUGCUGUUGAGAAGCCAUAUGUGUGCACUGAAUGUGGGAAGGGCUUCAUCUUCCAGUCUGAUCUCACUGUGCAUCAGAGAACUCACAUAGGUGAAAAGCCAUAUGAAUGUACUGCAUGUGGGAAAGCUUUCAUCAGCAAGUCACAGCUCACUAUACAUCAACGAACUCACACGGGUAAAAAGCCAUAUGAAUGUACUGCAUGUGGGAAAGCUUUCAUCAGCAAGUAUUGGCUCACUGUUCAUCAGAGAACUCACACGGGUGAAAAGCCAUAUGAAUGUACUGCAUGUGGGAAAGCUUUCAUCAGCAAGUAUUGGCUCACUGUUCAUCAGAGAACUCACACGGGUGAAAAGCCAUAUGAAUGUACUGCAUGUGGGAAAGCUUUCAUCAGCAAGUCUUGGCUCACUGUUCAUCAGAGAACUUACACGGGUGAAAAGGCAUAUGAAUGCACUGCAUGUGGGAAAGCUUUCGUCUGGAAGUCACAGCUCAGUAAACAUCAGAGAACUCACACGGGUGAAAAGCCAUAUGAAUGCACUGCAUGUGGGAAAGCUUUCUUCAACAAGUCAUGGCUCACUGUACAUCAGAGAACUCACACGGGUGAAAAGCCUUAUGAAUGCACUACAUGUGGGAAAGCUUUCGUCUGCAAGUCAUGGCUCAAUAUACAUCAGAGAACUCACACAGGUGAAAAGCCAUAUGAGUGCACUGCUUGUGGGAAAGCUUUCGUCUGGAAGUCACGGCUCAGUAUACAUCAGAGAACUCACACGGGUAAAAAGCCAUAUGAAUGCGCUGUGUGUGGGAAAGCUUUUGUUUCGAAGUCAAAUCUAAAUAGGCAUCAGAGAACUCACACAGGUGAAAAGCCAUAUGAGUGCACUGCAUGUGGGAAAGCUUUCGUCUGCAAGUCAUGGCUCAAUAUACAUCAGAGAACUCACACAGGUAAAAAGCCAUAUGAAUGUACUCUAUGUGGUAAAGCUUUCUUUUCCAAGUCAAACCUCACUAUACAUCAGAGAAUUCACACAGGAGAAAAGCCAUAGGAAUGUACUGUAUGUGGGAAAGGUUUCAUCUUCAAGUCACAACUCACUAUGCAUCAGAGAACUCACAGGUGAAAAGCCAUCUGAAUGUACUCUAUGUGGUAAAGCUUUCAUCUUCAAGUCACAGCUUGCUGUGCAUCAGAGAACUCAUACCGGUAUAAAGACAUAAGAAUGUCGUACAUGUGGGAAGGCUUUCAUUACCAAGUCAGAUUUUAAUAAUCACCAGAGAACUCACAAAGGUGAAAAGCCAUAUGAACGUACUGAAUGUGGGAAAGCUUUCAUCUCCCAAGCCAUAGCUCACUAUACAUCAGAGAACUCACACUGUUGGAAAAACCUUAUCAAUGUCCUGCAUGUGGGAAAGCUUUCAUUACCAAGCCAAUCUAAAUAAGCAUCAGAGAAUUCACACAGUUGAGAAGCCAUGUGAAUGUACGGUAUGUGGGAAAUUGUUUAUGUCCAAGUCACGUCUCACUGUCCAUCAGAGUACUCAUAUAGGUGAAAAGCCAUAUGAAUGUAAUAAAUGUGGAAAAGUUUUUACUGCUAUACCAGAUCUUAUUAAACAUGAGAAGACAUAGUUGAAAGGUACAUGAAUAUGGGUGUGGGAAAGCUUUUAUUUCUCAGUCACAACUCAGUAUAUAUUAGAGAAGUGACACUUAGGAGAAACCAUAUUAAUGUUGGAAAGCAUUCAUCUCCAAAUCAUAGCUUACUGUUCAUCAGGAAAGUCAUAUAGGUGCAAAGUCAUUAGACUAUAAUGGAUAUGGGAAGUCAUGUCUCAAUAGGAAUCAGAAUUCAUUCAGAUCAAAAGACAUAUCAAAAAAUUUACAUAGAAAUGUUUUAUUUGCUAUGCCCAUCAUUAUCACAGAAUUUAAGCAGGUGUGAUUCCCUGUGAAUGUAGCAGCAUUUUUGCUAAAGUCACAAAUCGCUGUUCACCAAUGAAGUCACAUAGUUGUAUAGCCAAAUGAAUGUAGGAAAGGAUGCAUCCAGGUAUUGCACAUCAAUAUUCAUCAGAAGCCUCAUACAAGAGCAAAGUCAUAUCAUGCAAUGAAUGUGAAAAAGCUGUUCCUUAAUAAUCCAAAAAGAAUGCACACAUGUGGGAUACUACAUUAAUGUAAUGGAUAUGAGAAUUUUCUGAAAGUGGGAAAUCUGUUUUCCUGAAAUCAGGUCACUAAUUAUAUGAAAACUCAUACAGGUAAGAAUAUAGAAUAUUGUCUUUCAGUCACAGCUCACUAUGCAUCAGAGAAUACAUACAAUUGAGUAGACACAUGAAUGUGGGAAAGUCUUCUUUACCCAGUCACAGCUUACUAUGCAUCAGAGAAUCAAUAUACCUUGAAAAUCAUGAACAUAAUGAAAGAUGAAAACAUCUCUUCCAAGUUUUGACAGCCAUGUAUGGCAGAACUAAACAAAUGAGAAGCCAUACACACACACAUAACAUGCAGUGAUUGCAAGAAUGCUUUCUUCCAUAAGUCAAAAUUCAUGUGUCAAAGAAGUUUUGUAGAUAAGUCCUAUCAAAGUAGUGUAGUUUGAAAUGUUUCUACAAUUACAACUCAUGAAUCUGGAAGACAUACCUCUGAGA